AUGCCCGGGCACCUACAGGAAGGGUUCGGUUGCGUGGUCACCAACCGAUUCGACCAGCUAUUUGACGACGAAUCGGACCCUUUCGAGGUACUGAAGGCAGCAGAGAACAAGAAAAAAGAAACCGGCGGGGGCGGCGUUGGGGGCCCUGGAGCCAAGAGCGCAGCUCAGGCCGCGGCCCAGACCAACUCCAACGCGGCGGGCAAACAGUUGCGUAAAGAGUCCCAGAAAGAUCGCAAGAACCCGCUGCCCCCCAGCGUCGGCGUGGCCGACCAAAAGGAGGAGACGCAGCCGCCGGUGGCGCUGAAGAAAGAAGGAAUAAGGCGAGUUGGAAGAAGACCUGAUCAACAACUUCAGGGUGAAGGAAAAAUACUUGAUAAUAGGAGACCAGAAAGGCGACCACCUCGGGAAAGAAGAUUUGAAAAGCCACUUGAAGAAAAGGGUGAAGGCGGUGAAUUUUCAGUUGAUAGACCGAUUAUUGAACGGCCUAUCCGAGGCCGAGGUGGUCUUGGAAGGGGUCGAGGAGGCCGUGGACGUGGGAUGGGCAGAGGCGAUGGAUUUGAUUCUCGUGGCAAACGUGAAUUUGAUAGGCAUAGUGGAAGUGAUAGAUCUUCUUUUUCACAUUACAGUGGUCUGAAGCAUGAGGACAAACGUGGAGGUAGCGGAUCUCGCAACUGGGGAACUGUCAAAGAUGAAUUAACUGAUUUGGAUCAAUCAAAUGUGACUGAGGAAACACCUGAAGGUGAAUAGCACCCAGUGGCAGACACUGAAAAUAAGGAGAAUGAAGUUGAAGAGGUUAAGGAAGAGGGUCCAAAAGAGAUGACUUUGGAUGAGUGGAAAGCUAUUCAAAAUAAAGACCGAGCAAAAGUAGAGUUUAAUAUCCGAAAACCAAAUGAAGGUGCCGAUGGACAAUGGAAAAAGGGAUUUGUUCUGCAUAAAUCAAAAAGUGAAGAGGCUCAUGCUGAAGAUUCGGUUAUGGACCAUCAUUUCCGGAAGCCAGCAAAUGAUAUAACGUCUCAACUAGAGAUCAAUUUUGGAGACCUAGGCCGCCCAGGACGUGGUGGCAGAGGAGGACGUGGCGGACGUGGGCGUGGUGGACGUCCAAACCGUGGCAGCAGGACUGAUAAGUCAAGUGCUUCUGCUCCUGAUGUAGAUGACCCAGAGGCAUUCCCAGCUCUGGCCUCACUGGAUGCCAUGAUAAAACACUGGUUCCUUUGUGGACCCUCCUGUUCAAAGCUUUUGCAUGCUUAAGGAUCCCAAACGACUAAGAAGUAAAAAAAAAAGACUGUCAUUCAUACCAUUCACACCUAAAGACUGACUUUUAUCUGUUUUGAAAACGAACUUCUCUAGCUACACAGAAGUAACAACUAUGUUAGUCAGUUUUGUAUUUAGAAAUGUAUUGGUAGCAGGGAUGUUUUCAUAAUUUUCAGAGAUUAUGCAUUCUUCAUGAAUACUUUUGUAUUGCUGCUUGCAAAUAUGCAUUUCCAAACUUGAAAUAUAGGUGUGAACAGUG